AGAUUAGUGGGAUAAAAAGGAUAGGAGGGUUGCUCUUUUUCAUAGAACUAAGGCCCUGUCACAAGAGUUAGUGAAGAACUUAAUGAGGUAAGUGUUGCGAACUGUGUGGCACUAAUGAAGCGUUUGUUCUGUUUAAAUGCUUAUAAAACAGCAAAUCUGAUUUUGAACACCAUAUUGAUUUUACAGAAGAAGUAUAGUAAAAGGCCAAGGUAGCCCUUUCUGCGUUUCAUUGUGAGUGUUCUUAGUGUUAAAUGAGUAUCGAGUAACUUGGACAAUUUCAACCAACUUUGCUUUUAAAUACUUUUCAAGUAGACUGUGUAAUCAUGAUGCUAUACUAAAUUUUCUGUCAUACACAUUAUUUUUUGCUAAUCCCUACAGAUAGAUACUAACAGAACUCAGAAUCAGUUGUUUAUAUUGGUUUUUUUAACCAGUCUGUGGGGUGGAUACAUGUUAAUACCUUUAAAUAUGAUGCAGAAUUGAGGUUAUUUUUGAUGGUGAUAAGCUGAUAUGAAUUCAAGCAAUGAGUCAUUGAACAAACCCAUUCCUUGCCAGAUACUGAUAUGGUUGGUUUGUCUUAUGUCGGAAUGCUACGUUUUUCUGUCAUAACUAACUGGAUUAGGUACAAGAAAAAAAUUGCGCCUCUACCUGAUGUCUUUUGAGGCAAAGUCCUGUGUAAAAAUAAUUAUACGAGCAGCCUCACUCUGCUAGUGUAGUUUACUUGGCUCAGGCACCUGAGAUUAACCUUUCCUGGAUUAUGGUGCGUGGCUACUAAGUUGGUUUGCUGUUUUUUUCCAAAAUAACAACUCUCUUUUUUGGAAAGCGACUUUUUUGGCUCAUUUUAAACGAGCAAUCUGAGAAAAUGCCGUGUCCUAUCAAGUUGAUAGGACUUGAUGCAGUCCUAUCAAGUUAGUCUCUCUUUUUCUUAAAGGAAAAAAAAAACCCUGUCAUUGAUAGCAACUGUGCAUCUCUUGCAUUAAGUGUAGGUAAGACAAAAUAUAUUCAGUGACAAGUGCUGAGUGUCAUUUAAGGUGCAGGUCCUCAGCUCUUGGGACUCCCAGUUGGCAUUGAACAUCAGGUGUGGUGCAUUGGGGUGGCUGCAGAUGUGGUUCGUAUUGAUCAGGGGGCAUGUAGCAAAGUCCGUGGUGGAAUUAUUCUUUAGGUAGUUUCUCUGUGUGUUGUGUGGAGUCUGGUUUUGCUGAGUAUGUGACUUAACGUGCUCGGCGCGCAUUGGCCUGAGCAUCCUGGAAACCUGAUUGCUGACAUCAUCGUCAGUGGAUAUCGUUGGUGUAACAUUUGCCUUAAAUUGAAAGUAGCUUUUCUCUUUGAUAUUCGAAAAUGUAGCUUUAUAUUUCAGUAAUUAAAGUAAAGCAGCUUCCAUUAAAAAAAAAAAAUACUGCUUCUAACUGAGUCUAGUACAUAGCACUAUCCUAGUUCAACCGAAGGUUGUUUGAGGAUUAUGGUAGGGUUUACUUAAACUUGUUAGAUUUAUUUGAAAAUGUGCCUGUAAAUUUUAGGUAACUCAAAUCAAUCUAUAUAUUACUACUCUGACUGUUAUAUGACGUUUGUACCUCAGGUGUUCCCCUGAAGAAUCAGCUUUUCUUCUGGUCUGUUGGACAAUAGACUGGUGAUGUUGGUUUGUGACUGCAUGUUGCUUUUGCAUCAAACUUGGUCGUAAUUGCUAUUGAGAGGAAGUAUGUUAUAGACAUGCACUUUACAUACAUGUAUUCAUUCAUAUUCUUAAUCUUACAUUUCUUGUUAUUUUGUAAAAACAAUUAUUUUACUAGUUUUCUUUAUGUGUGGAUGUGCUCACAUUCUAAUUUGUUUGAUUAACAUUUACAAAUAUCCUGUUACAAUCUUUUUUUCUUAAAUAAAGAAAGUACACAACAUACAAGAAAGCUAAUAAACCAUAUUUUUAAUAAUAAACCAUGUCUGUAAUGAUAAAAUCAACUUUAAAGAGACAGUAUUAUCUGCAGCUAGUGACCUAAACAAGAAUAUUUGUUCUUGUUACGAUGUCAGCCAUUCAUUUACUUCAGUUCAGUAAACUAAAGUAUAAAACGUGUUGUCUUUGUCCAAGAGAAGAGACUAGUAUUACCAAAAGUUCAUUCAGCAUUUCAAAUGUACUAGCUUCUGCUGCAUGGCGAAUAAGUCACCAAUUCAGUAGCUGUAUUUUUCUUCUUUUUAUGUUUAAAAAUAGAUUAAUCCCAAAAUGAUGUUAGUUAGUAGUUGUGCUAAACUUACUGUAUAACACUGAAUUUUAUUUCAGGUUUUUAAUUUAAAUCACAAGAUUACCCAGUCUUUAAAUAUUGGUUGUUAUAUUAUGAGGACUUUGAAUUGUAAGGCUGGAGGAGGACUACAGAAAACUUUAUUUUUGUUAGUCUGUUCUGUAUCAGAAUUGAAAUAAUAUAAAUAAUGAAUGAGUUGAGUUGGAUAAUAUCAUGUAAGUUUGUGCUGAGCAUCAUUAAACUUGAGACAGAGCUUAAAAUGUUGAUCACUGCGUGUGCCUUGUAUAAACUAAAAUUUCUUUGUUAACAGUCACCACCAGAGCUCAGCUGAUGAUGUUCCUAUUAAAGAAAUCUUGGACUAGAAAGUGUGUAAAAAAUUUGUAUGUUAGGCUGCAGAGGUGGCCAAACCUCAUGACUGUCCAGCUACGUACUGGGUCUUUUCGUGGCUGAGGCACGCUGUGUACCUUGGAGCUGGGAUGUGUAAGACAUCUGAGAGGCUUACAGAUGAGGUGCUAGUGGUUCCUUAGGGAUCCUUCUGGUUCACUGCGGGAAGGAACUGAGUUAAAUGUAGCUGGGGCCUCUAACGGGUCAGGUUCUCAGAGUUAACACUAGCUGUGUGACAGAGCUGCGCUUGAACUGCUUGCCCGCCCAUGUAGCUUGAGCCAUGAAUUUGUCAGCAUGUGGAUGAACAGGAAGGAUUCACUUGUCAAGGUAUUCCUCCAUAGUGUUCUUUUCCCAGGCAAAAAGUAGAAGCUGAUAUUAAGUAAAUGUCUUUACAAAGCAGAAGUGCCUUGUUGAUCAGGUUAGAAACGGAACAUCCUUUCAGGAAAAGCCCCUUCUGUGAUGUCUGCUACCGUAUGCCGUUUACUUGUGAGUUAUUUACAACUGCUCUGUGUAUUGAUCAUUUUUAUCAUGAUAGGUCUGGAAUUCAGAAAGAUUUUUCCAGUAGUUUAUAUAAAGCAGAAAAGAAGAAGAGGGAUAACUCUGUUACUUGCUGAAGUUGCUGAAGCAACUUAUAUAUUUGCAAAACAUCAUGUACAAAAUCUAUUUAAGACACUGUUUAGAGGUUUUCUUAUCUAGCUUGUGGCUUGUACUUUUUGACUUCUGACCCCCGAAACCCCAAAUUUUCGUUAAGAAAAUGAGUUAGUCUCCUAGUGCGCUCAAGGGCAUACUGAAAUACUUGCCAGGCCCAGCCCCCAUGGCAAUGUAUUAAACUAUGCGCGUGAGAAAGUAAAGCACUAAAUCACGGUCAGCAUGGAGCAAAAUGUGAUGUUAUCUGUACAAUAUUACUUGUUAUAAAGAUGAGACUUUGGGAAUGCUGCAUUGACGGAAUGCUGCAUUGACCAAAUGCUGAAGGUUAUUCAUCAGUGAAUGUUAAAAUGUGCUUUUAUACAACCAUUGUGAAAAGAGGUGGUUGGAUGCCUUAAUUUGUUGCUUGAAACAAUACAAGAACAGUUCUAGUUCUCUUCUGUGUGAGGUUUAGAAACACAGUUUAUUGUAACAAAUAUUGCAAGUAGUUAAUUAUGUUCCGUUACAGCAACUGUAGUUAUUCUCUGAGUUGUUAAACCUUGUUUAGACAUGUCAGAACAUUUCACAUAAGCUGUUGCAAUUAUGAACAAUCUUAAACACACGCACAAAAAGCAAAAAUUCUAGAGUGCUUUUUAAUUUAUCUGCUGCAAUAUUUUUCUUGACUACAGUUGUACUUGUGAUAGUGAUUGGGAAUCUGCUGAAGUAGAAGUCCCUGAAAUACACUACAGAAGCUGUAGUUAAGGGUUAAGUAUUGAAAUGUACUAAUUAAAGGAAAAACAGCACAAUACUACAGAAUAGCACAUACUUGGCUUCGAACAUGUUUUUAAGAUGACAUUCUGCUGAAAUCUAAGAUAAUCUGAAGAGUUUAAUUUUCUAGAGUUAUAAAACUCACUGCAAAAUCUAACCAUGUUCUCCUGAUUCGGGUGACAAGCAGAAUUUUGCAUUAAUAUAUGCAAACAAAUUUAGCAAUGGUUACUUUGUAAAUUUUGGAGAGUAAGUUUCUGAUAUAGUGGGUAGAAUUAUGUGAAGUCUUGGUGAAAAUCCGGUGAUCUACUGCUGAGUAUCAGUCUUUUGGUAGGUGACUUUCUAUACAGAAAAUUUUAUUAUAACUAUCACUGAUCUCUGCUGGUAGUUCAGAAAUCACAGCUUUUGGCCCUUAAACUUCUGUUUAGUUGUGAGACGGAAACCUCAUGAGUUUUUUUUUCUGGCUUUUCUUUUGGGAGGAGUGUGGGUGUAAGUGUUUUUUUCAGAAAGAGAUGUUUCAGGAAGUGACAUUCUGUAGCUGGCCUAAAAAUUAAGUCUUGGUGACUUGGAAUAAAACCAAAAUCUAGCAUGUCUGAAAAGUGUGUAUACUACUGGGAGUGUUAAAAUACAUAAACAGUGUUUUAGGAGGUCCACAGAGCAUCACAGUAUAAUACAGAGAGGAUGAUAACUUACAUGAAAACACAGGAAACUGUCUGGAUAGCCAAACGUAUUAAGCAUGAUGUGAACUUCUGAAACGUGGUUUUGACCGCUAGCAAGAGGCAAUACUCCUUAGGACAGGUGAGUGUGCAUUUUUCUGAGUUACGGGUGGAGAUGACACCAUUUUGCUACCUCAAUAUUUUAAAUAUAAAAAUAAAUGAAAACCAUCCAUUGAGGAAAAAAUAAAAGAUGGAGAUUUGUUGGAGCUGCUUCUUCUUGGGUGAUAGUAUAAAGCUCAGUCUUUGUGCAUGGUGGUAGGAUUAAAGAUACAGAAAUUUUGUAGUUUAAUGUUAAUCUGUACUGUUUCCUAGUGCCCAAGAUGUAUGCAGUGCGAUACAAAAUUUGACUUCAUAACUAGAAAGCAUCACUGUCGAAGAUGCGGAAAGUGCUUCUGUGACAAGUGCUGCAGUAAAAAAGUGCCUCUGCCUCGCAUGUGCUUUGUGGACCCUGUGCGCCAGUGUGCUGAAUGUGCCCUCAUUUCUCAAAAAGAAACAGAGUUUUAUGACAAACAGCUUAAAGUGCUCAUGAAUGGUGCUACGUUCUUUGUAACUCUGGGAACAUCAGAUAAAUCUGAGCUAAUGGUAUGUCGACUGUCUAACAAUCAGAGAUACCUGGUUUUGGAUGGAGACAGCCACUAUGAAAUUGAAAUUGUACAGAUUUCAACUGUUCAGAUACUUACGGAGGGCUUUACUCCUGGAGAAAAAGAUAUUCACACUUAUACCAGCCUUCUGGAGAGCCAGCAUAUUACUGAAGGAGGUAAUACUCGUGCCAUAGGUAUGAUUCUGCAGUAUAAGGUACCAGGAUCAGAAGAGCUUACACAGAUGAAAUUUACGGCUAGCGAAGACUUCAACUGUAACAAGAAGCUGUCAGCAACCUGGCUGGCAGCUAUGCAUAAGGCAACAAAACUUCUUUAUGAGUCCCGGGACCAGUAAGAACAGCAAAUUGUUGGCAAAUUGAAGGAAGGCACCAACCUCUAAGGACCUGCCUCUCAUUUUUGCUAUUUUGACAGCUGGUAACACUUGCUAUUCUUGACCCCUUCUCAUUCCAAUGCGGUUCAUUAUGUAAGAACUGGCAAAUGCAAUGUGAGUAUUUUUUUGAACCAUGAGUAUUCACUAUAGUGUGCAAUAUGUAUACAAUUAAUGCUUUAAACAGCCUCACCUUUUAAGAUUUUGUAUAUUUUGUUAAACCUUUAUCAGCGCUAAAUAUGAAAAUGACCUGCACUACAGCUAAUGUACAGCACAACUUUUAUAGUAACAAUUAUGUAUACUGUUUGCCACAAGAAGCAAACAAAGGUUUAUGUCUCUUCUGCAGAGAAUAGCUUUUGGGUAUAGAUCUCAGGUUUUCUCCUUUAUCCAAAUGUUUAAAAUCAAUGUACAAUAAAAUCUGCCUUAGCUAUGAUUUUAUAGAAAUUACUUCUUGGUUUUUCUAAACAUAUUUAACCAAAUACCACAAAAAUCAGACUUUCAUAAACAUGACCUUAAAUUCCCUUCUGUAAUAAGUAAGCUUCUGGAAUAAUGUUUAGUUUUGUAUUUUCUUUUUGGUAACUAGCUUUUGUUAAUCUAACUGUAAUGUAUCUGGAAUUGUAUACGUUUUAAUGUACAAACAUGGAAUAAAUUAAUUCACUUAUUUAAAAAGGUGAUAUUUAUUUUCAUAAUAUAUAACCUCUCUAAUGAGAGGUACUCUGUUUGCCAUUACCUAAACUCUGAAACCUUUGACUUCCUUUACAAACAACACCCUAAGUUUAGUUUUAAGCUUGGAUAACUUGCUCAACUAUUAGGAUGAAUCCUCUGGCUACGCAAGCUGUAGCAAGUGUCUUCCUGCCCUCCAGUUUCCUGUAGCAGUAAAAAAUUGAGUAAACAGCUACACAAGGCUCAGUUGUCAGAUUGCAUGUAAAGCACCCUUGAGAGCUUUCCUAGGCACACAUUAAUUUGUCACAGCUGGAACACUGGAGUUUAUAGUGUAAGGAGGUCCAAAAAUGGUUUUGUAAACCAGUGAAGAAACAAAUUAACAAGUAGGGUUUAGCAAGCUGGAGUUCAAGUCUUCUCAUGUAGACAGUGACAAACUGUAUGGCUACUGUUGCUACUUACAUAAAAAUACUAGAGAAUACAGCCAUGCCUUAGCAAUACUUUAUUGUGCACAUUUACAUGUUCUCUGAAUUAGUGUUUCAUAGGCUCUUGAAAGCAUCACAUUCAUGUAGCAAAGUCUUCAACAAUAAUACCCUUUCACUUUUCACCACAAUAUAUACAGUUAAUGCUAAACCUGUGGUAAAAGCAAGUUACAGCACUGCAGAAAUGGAUAUAUAAAUAAUACACAAAACUUGUACAUGAAGAAUUAAAUUGCAUACUGUUUAACGGGAGAAAAAUUACAAGAAAUAUGGCUACAACUUAUAAUGGGAAAGUCAAAAUAUACUUUUGGUAUAUAAAAUCAUGUACAAUUAAAAUUCCAGUGAAGUGCUUUUUUUUUUUUUUUUUGCUUGAAACUACUAUGUAGUGGAAUAGUUUAUUGCAUAA